AUGCGUCGACUUCUCUAUGUGCACGUAUUCCUAUGCUGCCUCAAUGUGGCUCAUCCAUACUGUCCAUCCCAGUGCACCUGUGUCUUCCAUGGACGUGCCGAGGGAACCGGAACCAGAUCUGUGCUCUGUAAUGAUCCAGACAUGUCUGAUAUCCCUGUCAACGUCCCCGUAGACACGGUCAAACUUCGUGUUGAGAAAACCAUGGUACGGCGAAUCCCAACAGAAGCUUUUUACUACCUGGUGGAGCUCCGGUACCUGUGGAUUACUUACAAUUCCAUAACCUCUGUGGAUACUGGAAGUUUCUACAACCUCAAAGUGCUCCAUGAGCUGAGGCUGGAUGGAAAUAUGAUCUCCACAUUCCCUUGGGAGUCUCUGAAAGAGAUGCCCAGUCUGAGGACACUAGACCUACACAACAACAGAAUCACUAAUGUUCCUACUGAGGCAAUACCUUACCUCCUCCAAAUUACCUACUUGGAUCUAUCCAGCAACAAAUUAGCCACCCUGCCCUCUGACCUCAUGGAUAUCUGGCCACCCUUUAAUGGAGCACCCAUCUCUACUAAUUCUUCCCAGAAAGUUGUGUUAGGCCUCCAAGAUAAUCCCUGGUUCUGUGACUGUAAAAUCUCCAAGCUGAUUGAGAUUUCCAAAAUGACUGACACCCCAGUGAUUUUGAUGGAUCUAUUCCUGACCUGCAGUGCACCAGAGAAUCUGUCUGGUGUCCUUUUUCAGCGUGCUGAACUUGAAAAUUGUGUGAAACCGUCAGUCAUGACUUCGGCAUCCAAGAUCACAACUCAUUUGGGCAGUAAUGUUCUCCUGCGAUGUGACGCCACAGGGUUUCCAACACCUACUCUUUAUUGGGCUAAGUCAGAUGGCUCACCAGUCAACAACACAAUCCAGGAGUCACCUGGGGAAGGGAUCAGAUGGUCCAUCAUGAGCUUGCAUGGAAUACUGUACAAAGACGCCGGGAACUACAGUUGCAAAGCUAAGAGUGUUGCUGGCAGCGCAGAAGCCACCAUUUCUAUCUCAGUUGCUGGAAGCAUCAGUACCACCAUCCCUCCACUGAGGACAAGCAUUGAAACAGGACCAACCAUCCAAGGCACAACAUUUAUUCCGCCAACAGACAACUCGCAGGUUGUCAUGUCCACAGUUCUCCCAGUAACAUCAACAACACUAUCUGCUGUCCCUAAGAAGCCGAAAACUACACCCAGCACCAGUUUACAGAAAGGUUCACCCAAACAUGGAAAAAUUCAGCAAGGAGGUAAUGGGAGAAAGCUUGCAGCAGAUGAAAAGAGCAAGAAAAGUGAUGCAUCAAGGUCUGUUGAAGGUCUUAAGAUUGUAGAGGAAACAUCUGACACUGCAGUGUUGCUCUGGACAGCAGAUGGGUUACCAAAUGAUGCCCCACUCACAGUUGUAUAUUUACCCUAUGCAGAGGAUGACAUGAAAAGGACAGUGGAGACUACUGCUGGCAGUGGAAAGGUGUUCCUAGAGGGACUGUCACCUGGGAUGAGGUACUCCGUUUGCCUCGUAGCAAAAGGUAGUGCUGCUGGAAAAGACCCUUGCAUUGACUUCUACACACUGGACAAUGUAGAGGAUGGUGGGCAGAACCAGCUAUUUGUUAUUAUCAGUGGCAUUGCCUGUGCUUUGGUUUUGCCUCUCAUUGCACUGUUGCUGUACAAGAUUCUUGCUCUGUACUGCAAGGGACGCAACACAACGUCAGAGGAAGAGGAGCUGGAAAAAGAGAGUUAUGUCAAGUUUGAGACUAUAUCAAUGAAACAAAGAACCUUGAACUCUCGUCCAACUGAGCUUUGGGCAAGGAGACAGACUCAUGAAUCAGAGCGAAUGCUCCUGUGCUCCAGGUCGAGCAUUGACUCUCAGAUGACCUAUAAGAGUGACACUUCCCGUUCUGAAUAUCUCUGCUGA